AUUGGUCAAUAUUACUUUAGCAAUUUUCAAAAUAUUUCUUUUUACGACUCAACUUAUUUAUCCUUCCUUUCUCUCGAUGGGGUCUCCUCUUUGCAGCGAAGAUGUCGAGCUGUCUCAACUUUUUCUCCACACAGAUUCAGCUUUCAUGUUUAUUUCUGAACUUGAAGAGCUAGGCCUCGUGCAAUUUAGAGAAGUUAGUGAAGUUAUUGCCUUCCACCACAAGUCCGUAAAUAAAGUUAGAAGAUGCGAAGAAAUGGAACGAAAACUGAGGGUUCUUGAAAAUAAGAUUCAAACGGAUUUCUUUUCAAUCUUGAACACUGGAGAAAAUAAGGAAACAACUGCGCCCCGUGAGAUGAAUUCUUAA